AUGAACGAAUAUACAGGUAAACACAGGCAAAUAAUUUAACUGUAUUCAUAGAUGAGUUAGAUAGUACAGCCACGAGAAAAGAAUACGUACACAGUCGAGAUGAAAUCCAUUAUUCGUAGAAAAUAAUGGUAGUACAUUUGUUUGGUGAAAACAUGUUCCUUAUCAGUAUAUUCAAAUAUUUCUUGUAUUCAGUAUAUUCAAAUAUUUCUUGUAUUUUCUGUUUCCCAGGUGGCCCUCGUAUACUGACCAAGAUAUCCAGUGGUGACAUAAAGGCAAAGGAAGGUGAUCUUGUCAACCUACUGUGUUCUGCACAAGGUGAACCUCCAAUUACUUUCAGCUGGAAAAAAGAUCAGAAGCCACUAGAAAGUUUCACAGAAACCGCUAAAAAGCCUUACCGCAGUUCAUUACUUGUUGUAACAGUGAAAGACCAAACAAGUUUUGGGGAAUAUAUUUGUCAUAUCCGAGAUCGAUUUCAAAGCACUACUCAUACAAUUUGA